AUGGCCGCCGAGUGGGCAGCUGCAGGUGGUGUGCAGCGCGGGCACGUCAGCUUCGUCCGCUUCGUAGAAAGCAAGCCUCUGGCUGCUUAUGCCUCCAUGCCUGUACCAUACUCCUACUUUACCGGAAGAGUCAAAGGACAAGCUUGCAAGUGCAAGACCUUCGUCGGCCGAGCCGGGGUCGCCUGUAACCUGGCUGUACCUGCUGUGGGCACGCGGAGCGUGUCCACUGGUCGGACUCCUCUCGCCAAGGCACAGAAUGUUGAGGAUCUCCUGGACAAGCUGAACUGUCUGCUCAUUCGCACGCACAAGGAGGCAGAUAACUGGACCCGUGACCGCGGCUGCACAUUGCACGGCGUCAACGCCUGCGAGUCCGCCUGUAUCUUCAAGAACAAGGUGGCGGUUCCUGUUGGUUACCGGCUGGCUUCGGCACAGCGGAAUCAGUCACCCCUCCACUGGGCCAGGUACAGCAUGAUGCGUGCAGCCAUUCUCAAGGAGUCGCAUGCCCGAGGAGGGUGCAAGCGCAUGGGCACUGAGAGCAGCCAGGAGCCCUUCGAUCGUCUGGACGGAGCGCCCCUGGACGAACGAGUGAACCUUGGAACGAGUGGUGGCUUUUCCAUGGAAGUUCCGAGGCUUCAUGCCUUUCCAUCUGCGAGAGGAACUUUGCUUUGGAUCUCGCUGGAUCCGGCUGACGAGUAUGCAGUCGGGAGUGCCGGGGAGAAUGAUUCCACAGUCUACACGGCUGGUCAGUGUGGGGUCGGUGCUGUGGUCAUCAAUGUGCAGCCGAGUGGAGAAAUCACAUCACAGGUCUACACUGCUGGUGCAGGGGGUGGGCUUGCACCCUUCGAUGGGCAGAAGAUGACAUCGAUUUUUCCCAUCGCCAGCAAUACCAAGAUCCUCACAUCCAUCUUGUUGGUGUCCUUGGCCGACCAUGGGAAGCUGUCUAUGGAUGAGACCGUCGGCAGUUUCCUAGAUCAGACGUGUGGCAGCCUACCUCAAUCUGUGGCCAACAUCACAUUGUUUCAGUUGGCGUCACAAACUUCUGGCCUGCCUGCACAGCCAACGAACCUCGGUGGCACCCUUCGGAACCGGCACCUGGAGCCAUGCAAGCGCGACCCAGUGGAUUGCAACCCAUUUACGCAGUACACCGUGCAAGACCUUUGCCAGACGCUACGUGAGGUCACCCUUGGGCCCAAGGGACACUACCUCUACUCGAACUUGGCGUUUGGAAUGCUAGGCUACUUAAUGGAGCGUCGCAUGGGAUCUUCUUUCGAACAGCUCACCCACGCUUGGGUACUGCAGCCGCUCGGCAUGUACAGCGGCAAGAUCACCCUGAAUGAGACUGAAUGGCAGAAGCUGACACCUCAAGGAAAAGAUGCAAAAACCGGCGAGGGCCGCUGGCGGCGCCAGCCCUAUGGCAUUCUCCAAGGCAAUGGUGCCUUCCUCGUGAGCAUUCCAGACAUGGGCCGGCUGGUAGGCUCUAUGAUCAAGGCAGAGAGGGGUCGAGCGACCCCCUUGGCGGCCACCCUGCGGCAGACCCUGCAGCCUGUUACUUGGAGCGGCCUUUGCGCAUGCAACGCCUGCGAGGGGGAGGAGUUGCUGAAGCUCUCCAUCCCGACGGCGGAACGGGGGAUUGUUGCUAUGGGCUGGGAGUCCUCUAGCUCCGGUCUUCGCCGAGGAUGGCACAAGGCCGGGGACAUCGCUGGCUACUCUUCUUGGAUGGCCUUCAAUGCUGCCUCGGGCCGAGGGGCUUUCGGCGUUGACACCUGUGGGGGCUGUGGUGCUGAACUGGGUUCCUUACGGGGUUCGGCGGUGCAGCAGAUGGUGCAGCUGCUGGCAGAUGGCCCUCCCGAGGUAGUGGCACCUUUGCCUCAGCUGGCUGAAGCAGAGCUUUCUGCACUCGUUGGUGACUUCAAGCCAUGUCCCGCAGCCCCCGGCAAGACUCAGAGCAGCAGUUUGUCACGAUUGUCUUUGUCUUUGCAUGGCUCAGACAGAAGGAAGUUACUUGCAAGCACCGAAUCGUUUUCUGGCGAGAAGAGCCCGGCGGUCACUGCAACGCCAUACAGCUCGGCCGAAUCAGACGGUUUGCAGGCAUUCUCAGGUGUCGUUCUCGCGCUGUCGGAUCCGGUUGGCACGCUUCAUGAAGGGGCUAAUGCGAAAGGACCGCUGGCAACGGUUGCGCAGCGGCGUAGCGUCCACUUUCUGGCAGACUCCCGGUUUCCAAACAAACGCGGGGCAGCGGUGCUUCACACCGGCGGUGUUGAUGUUUUCUUCGUGGACGAUGAUCACUGGGUCUCUGCGCUGCACACGGGUGCAUCGGAUCCUCUUGGGCCCAACAGCAUGACACAAUUGCAGCCGACAGCGCUGAAAAGCCGCUAUGACUCUUGCGCGAGCGUGUAUGAGUCUAUCGAUGGUUAG